AUGCACGCGCUAGUUAGCAUUCUCUGCACCACUAUUUUUGCUGCUACAUAUUGCCUUGCGUCCAUUCCGGGGUUGGAGGACUGCUCCACACCCUCUAGCCUAGGGAAGUUCAUCGAUGGAGAGAUCACUCCAUGUGGCGCAAAUCCGUGCGUCUUGGUGAAGGGACGGAAUACCUCAAUUAGUCUCAAGUUUAUGACCACCGACUUGGUGAAGGGAGGUAGGAUAGUGGUGCAUGGAAUAAUAGCCGGUGUUCCAAUACCAUUCGGUCUGCCUGACAACAAUCUUUGCCACUUCAUCCAACCCGGUUGUAGCAUUCAACCAAAUUCAGCCGAGCAAAUGGAUUACAGCCUCUACGUGAAGGAGUCCUAUCCCUCCAUUCAAUUGACCAUAAAGUGGGAGUUGGUGAACGAGGUGGGUGUCGACCUGAUUUGCAUCAAGUUUCCGGCUAAACUAUCGUCUACACCUCCACCUGAGCCAACAACACCACGACCACCGAUCAGGACAUUAUUUGGACAGCUGCGCCAUAUUUUGGGGAAAUUUCUGCGUUUCGGAAGUCAAGACUAA